AUGCCGACGCUGGAAGCUUCCUUGCCAGCUCCACGCCUACGUAUAAAGGUGAUGGAAUACGAGGAAAAAGGAAUCCCGCUUGUCGUCCGCGGAUUUCAUAAGCUGCCUGGCUGGGAGGACGCCCUGUUCACCCCUGAGUGGUUGCUCGAACACUCCACUGGAUUGAACGAAACAAUCAGUGUGCGAAAUGUGUACGACAAGCGGGACAGUGAAAUGCCGCUGCCUGAAUUCAUUGAGCGCUGCAAGAACAUCACAGAUAUUGUACCCGGAGGCACGCAGAAAGAGAGAUAUUACGGAAAAGACGGCAUAUGUCCCGAACAAUGGGAGGCUUGGCUAUCAUCCUCUGGCGUCGUACCCAAGCAAAUUCUACCUUUCAGCGGUGACGACGCCUUUCGUUUCAUACCGAAACAAUGUCGUGCAGAAACUUUGAUGACCUACUUCGGGGUCGGAGGAACCGGAACACCUUGUCACAAAGAUCUGUGUGCAAGUGUUGGACAGAAUCUCAUGGUGCAUACAGAGAACGAAGGCAGCGCCGUAUGGUACAUGACUUUACGGGAGGACGCCACGAGCGUCAGCCAGUACUUUCGAUCCCUUGGCCAAGAGGUUGACCUUGAGACCCACGUCGCCUCCGAACUGGAAUUAAAAGUUGCACCGUUCAAAGUAUACAUGCAUCGUCAAGAACGGGGGGAUCUCAUUUGCGUACCGCAGAAAUCCUGUCACCAGGUAAUCAACGAAGGCGGGAUAUCCAUCAAGCUCUCCUGGAGUCGCAUGAUCCUCUCCAGCUUGGUUAUGGCGUAUGAGAGCGAAUUGCCUAUCUAUCAUAGAGUCUGCCGUCCGGAGAUCUAUUCCGUCAAGCACCUCAUUCAUGGCGCAGUCAUGAGUGGCACAAAGAGUCUGUCAGAAGCCCUGUCUGAAUCCGAUGGCGAUGUCACCUCCAGGGUGUGCGCCAUGCGUGACAGGCUGAAACCACUGGUGAAUGCGUACACUGAGAUAAUUGUUGAAGGAUGGGAUCCUCAACGCAAAGGAGAGCCUCAAACAUGGGAUCCAGAUGGGCAGACCCGGAUAUCUUGCGAUUUCUGUGGUGCUGAGAUUUUCCAGUCCUAUUUUGAGUGCCGAGAAUGUGACCAGGAGAAAAAGGAGUCAGUUAGCAUUUGCUCUACAUGCUACGUUGAAGGACGAUCUUGCGUUUGUGACUUCAUGGAACCCGUCACAGUUCAGCCCUUUUCGCUCUUGCUCUCAGUUCGAAAUAAGGCAGUUGAUGUUCUGAAUCGCUGUCUGACAGAAGAAGAGCAGUUAAUACCUGACUACACGCACGCGUAA